GCCUUCCCCCCCCACUCUUCAUCCCAGAUACACAAAGAGCACCAGCGCAAUCAUGAGGUUGGCUGUUGCAUCCGUGGUGGUGGCGGCGGCAAUGCUGUUCGCUGCUGCUGUCACGACAGUGCCAGUGGCACUGGCCCAGAGCGACCCGUGCUCGCAGACAUGUACGGGAGACACAUACGAGGAGACACCGUGCGUGGACCCCGUGCCCAGCAUCCUGCUGGACUACGAGGCCGGCGUCACCCAGCCAGACAUCACUGUUGUUGGCGACUGGAACGAGUUUGAGCAGUCUGGCGACAACGCGUUCUUUGGCUUCUUCGGUGACCACUUCUACUUGCUCAACCGCGUACGCAACACGGGUUACGGCAUGUUCUCCUUCAGCGUGGACCGCGAGGCAGACUACAACAUCAGCAUCAGCUACGUGUAUUUCAGCACGUCGCCAGGCGCGUUCACGGACUCGCAGCGGUACGACGUGCACACGGAUGGCUCCCGCGCAGGCACCUUCUACAUCGACCAGCAGCAGCCGCCGCCCGAUGGUAACCUCACGCUGCUCGGGCAAUUCCACAUCGAGCAGAGUGGCUACGUCUUCCUCAACGCCACGGUCAAGGACACGAGCCAGACCACGGUGACCGCAUCCUUGGACGCGGUGUACAUCACGCCCGCUGACCAAGCCGUCGCCGACGGCUCACCGCCCGUGUGCCUUCCGCUGCGCGUGUGCCAGGACUAUGAGUACGAGACGGUUGCAGCCACGGCCACAUCCAACCGCCAGUGCGCCCUCGUGCGAAACUGUACCGUGUCGGUGGAGUACGAGACAGUGGCGCCCACAGCCACCUCAAACCGCGACUGCGCCACGCUGCGAACAUGCAACGCCACCGAGUACGAAACCGUGGCGCCAACGCCCACUUCAAACCGCGACUGUGCCAUCAUCGAAGUUUGUGCAGAUGACCAAUACGAGACACAGGCACCCACGCCCACUUCGGAUCGCUUCUGUGACGAUUGCGAUGUGUGCGACGACGCGACGCAGAUCACAGAUGCAAACUGCACCUCCACAACAAACACAAUGUGCCGCAACAUCACGGAGCCGUACCAGUACUCGCCCUGGUCAGACUGGUCUCAGUCUUGCGGCACGCAGGAGAGGACACGAGUGGAAACGUGUGCGGAUGUCAAGUGCUUGGACCAAAAGCCGACGCGACAAACACGGAGCAUCAACGGUGGCUGCGAUGACGUGUGCGAUGACACGAUGGGACAGAUUGAAUGCUCGUGCACACCGCCAUCCUACCUGAUUGACGCCUACAACUGCUCGAGCGUGUAUUGUGACAUCCCAACCAUCGCCAACGCAACCGCAAGUGCCACGGGGCAGCUGCGACUUGACGAGCAAGCGCUCAUCACGUGCAGCAGCGGCUACGAGUCUGUUGCAUACGGCACCUCGUUCACCAUCACCUGCACGGAGAUGGGCCUGAUGAACGACACCGAGACGUGCGACGACGUGGACGAGUGUGCUGUCAACAAUGGCGGCUGCGCUGACAUGUGCACAAACCUUCCAGGCACCUUCUGUUGCAGCCAAGACGGCGUCUACGUCUACAGCGAGUGGAGCGACUGGUCAACGACAUGUGGCGAGGGCACACGCACACGCACACGCACGUGUAAUGCCACGUGUGGUGGCUCUUGCACGAACGAUCAGCCCCUGAUGGAAACCCGCGACAUUUGCUGCCCCGUCAACGCAAACUACACCUAUGGCCCUUUUCCGGAUUGGAUGCCGACGUGUGCGCGCCAGACACGGGAGCGCCCAGAGUCGUGCACCGCGUCGUGUGGUGGCGUGUGCACAAACCGCAUCAACACAACGCAGGUGCUCACCAACGGCGGCUGCGAACAGAUUUGCAACGCAACGUCUGGCGCGAUUGUGUGCGACUGUGACCCCGGCUACCGUCUGACGAGCGACAACGCCACGUGUGAGGAGUUCAACCCGUGCGAUGAAAACAACGGCGGGUGCUCGCACACGUGCGUGGCGAUGCCGCUCGGCCAGUUUGAAUGCACGUGCCCAAGCGGAUUUGAGGCGGUCGAUGGGUUCAACUGUGAGGAUGUCGACGAAUGCGCAGUCAACAACGGAGGGUGCUUCCAGAACUGCAACAACACAGCAGGCGACUACUUCUGCUCCUGCGUCGAUGGCUUCAUGGUGGAUCCAAGCAAUUCAUCGCACUGUGUUCGCAUCAACUGCGCCAACCCACCGCCCACGCUCCCUGCUUCCAUCCCAUCUGUGACAGCACGCCUGAACGGCACGGGGCCGUACCAGUUUGGCGACGAGCUGCCGUACGUGUGCGAGGACGGAUUUACUGUUGACGGCGGCGCUGCGUCCGCGACGUCGUUCUCGCUCUUCUGUCGCGCAUCUGGAAUGGUUGAUGGCCAGUUUGCUGAUGGCUGUGUGGAUGUCGAUGAAUGCAGUACGAACAACGGCGGCUGCACGGACGGCUGUGUCAACUUUGCUGGCGGCUUCAACUGCACGUGCCCGACCGGCUAUCGUCUCACCGAUGGAUUCAGAUGCGUCGAAAUCAACGAAUGCAUGGAGGACAGCCCCUGUGAUCACAUCUGCACCAACACGGCGGGCUCGUUUGAAUGCGCGUGCAGGACUGGGUUCUUCCUGGAGACGAGCGACAACAGGACGUGCACACGCGUGCCGUGCGGACCGCCACCAGCAGAGCAGCUCAACGCGACAGCGAGCAAUUCCGCACCCGCUGUUGCCGUGUACGAGGAUGUUGUUGUGUACAACUGCUACGACGGCUACACCACCAACGGCGACGCAGGCGGCAGCUCGUUCUUCUUCGCAGUGUGCCAGGCGAGCGGGGUGCUGAGCCCCCUCGUCUCCAUCGCGUGUUUGGAUGUGGACGAGUGCCUGUCCAGCCCGUGCGACCAGCUGUGCGACAACACCCUUGGCAGCUUCACGUGCUCGUGUCUCCCUGGCUACACCAACACGUCUGCGACGACCUGCGAGGACAUCGACGAGUGUGACGAUCCCAGCUCGUGUGCCUUGGACGACAACACCAUGUGCGUCAACACGGACGGCGCGUUCACGUGCGAGUGCAUUGCGGGGUACACGCGAUACAACAACACGUGCCAACAGCAGACACACAACCUGCUCGACCCUCUCCUCUCCUCCGGUGUUGUUGCGUCACCAACAGCGCCGCAGCGGUUCGCAGACGACUGGGUGUACUUCGAUGGCAAGGGUGCCCUUGAAAUUACGCAACCACUCUUCAUCGGUGAAACGUUCAGUUUGACUGCUCAGGUGCAGAUUGUGCCUGGCACUGGCGGGUACAUCUUUGCCGUCACAUCGGCCACCGGAUCCACACGCCACUUUGCACUCUACGUCUACGAACUCACGCAGCGGGUUGGCGUGUACUACCGGACAGACAGUGAUGCGUCCACGCUGGCAGUGUUCCAGCUCGACUCGCCUCUCGAUGACGGCGCCUUGCACAACAUUGUCCUCAACGUCCAAGCACAGUCCGUCUCCCUCCAAAUCGACGCAAACACCACAACAUACACGCAGAACUUGGGCGCCACCAUCUCCUUCUGUGAUCCCGGUCCAGACUGCAAAAUUUACAUCGGCCAGCGCGCCAGCUCAGCGGGCGGUGCGUACCGACUUGAGGGCAUCAUCCGUCACCUGCGCAUCAAUGCUCUCAGCACAUCCGACCUCGUGCCCAUCGAGGACUACCCAAGCCCCUCAGCCGCAGGUCCAAGCGUGAUUGAUCUGCUGGAUGCGUCGAACCGAAAUGUUGUCGGCAGCGUCUCCGCAGAUGCAGACGGAGCACUUGUGUUUGACGGCCAGUCUGCUGUUGUGAUUCCCCGAUUUCAUGCUGUUCCUCUCGGCGCCACCUCCACCUUCACCGUCACUCUCACUGUCAAUCAGGACCGCAACACCAACGGAUACUUUGUUGCGAAGACGGAUGCGAUUGGCGGGCGAUUCUGGUCGCUCUACUCCUCAGCCACCAGCAACCGCGUCUCGUUCUACUACAAGACGAGUGGAUCAACGGCCCAGCAGUCCGCAAGUUUCUCCGUUUCGCUCGCCGAUGGCCUCUACCACCGCGUUAUGCUCGCUGUCAACAAUGCUACGGCGCAGCUGUAUGUGGACGGAUCACUCGCCGGCACCUCCUCCCUCUCUGGUCGCGUCCAGGAUUGCUCACCACCGUCGUCGUCUUGCAUCCUGCAGCUUGGCCGACGCACGGACGCGUCGUCCAGUGACGGAUUGUUUUUCCUCUCUGGCGCCAUUGCAUCAGCUUCCGUGUAUUCGGGCGUGUUCAUGACGGCCGAUCCCACCGCUGUUGCGCCAACCCCUGCCCUGGACCAGCAGCUUCCUAUCAGCAAUGCGAGCGGCCUUGCGUAUCUUGAUCUCCUGAACGACACUGUCGGCUUCAGCGUUGGUGCCGUCAGAGGUACGGAAGGGGCGACCUUUGAUGGCUCCAGCCGGCUUGAGGUGACAGAGCAUUCAUUCUCUCUUGGUCCAACGCUCUCUGUUGUGGGCACACUGCGUGCUGACACGGGCACGGCUGGCUACAUCUUCGCCAAGACCUCACAGGACGGAAACACCCGACACCUUGCCCUCUACAUGAGCGCCUUAUCACGGCUGACGCUGUAUUACACGAGCACGGCGUCGACAUCGUCGCGGAAUCUGCUCUUCUUCCCCGACGUGCAACUGGCAGAUGGUGUUGUGCACUCGUUCCUGCUGCAGCUGGUGUACACCGCGCAGACAGACACCACCGCCGUGAACCUCUACGUUGACGGGCGCAUGCAGACACAGCAGUCGUUCCAGGGCCAGCUCACAGACUGCGGCGCGCGCAGUGCGACGUGCGGGCUUGCUGUCGGGCAGCGCCUGGACGACAACGCGGCUGGUGGCGCGUUUGGGAUGACGGGUCUGAUACAGCUGCUGCAACUCUUCCCGCACGGGCAGUUGUCGUUGGCAGACGCACCCUCCGUGUCCCUUGCUAGCCCGCCUUACUUCUCUGUGCUUCCCGCCCACUACAUCCCUGGGCAGAACCAGGGCGGCGCAUACAGGGAGGGUGUGUCGCUCGAGGCGUGCGCGCGCAUGUGCUUGGACGACGCGUUGUGUCUGAGCUUUGACGCGGGCACGGUUGGCGGGUCGAUGGAGGGCUCGUGCUUCCUCUCGUAUGUGGCGGCGGGUGACACUGGCGCAACUGCACUUGUGGAGAGCAGCCUCUUUGCAUACUACGAGAGGCUCUCCUGACAUGGACAUGGUUGUGUGUGUGUGUGUGUGUUUGCGUGUGUGUGUGUACGUGUGUGUUUGCGUGUGUGUGUGCGUGCGUGCAUGUGUGUGCAUGUGUGUGUAUCUGCGUGUUGUGUGCGUGUGCUGUGUAACUGGUAACUUUCCUUUCAAUACGUUCCAAAGGCGCCAUUGUUUAAACCUCAUGCCAUUUUCGCGUCUGUUGGUUGGUUGUCGUGUUGGUUGAGACCCGCCCAUGUGUGUUGACGCUGUUGCGUUGCGUGUAUGUGUGUGCGUGUAUGUAUGUGUGUGCAUGUGUGUGUGCAUGUGUGUGCGAGCGCUGUUACAAUGGCUUCAUCUUCUCAAGUUUUCGUUUGUGAUUUUUGAACGACUUAAAUCCGCAUUCAUU